AUGGACAAAUUUGAUCUGAUUAAGGUCAUUGGGGAAGGUGCCUUUGGAAAAGCGUACUUAGCUAAGGAGAAAUCCAACAGCACGGACUGUGUCAUAAAAGAGAUCAACUUUGCAAAGAUGCCCACGCAAGAAAGAGAAGCUUCAACAAAAGAAGUGAGUCUUCUGGCCAAGAUGAAACAUCCCAACAUAGUCACCUUCUUCAGCUCAUUUCAAGAGCACAGUAGGCUGUUCAUUGUGAUGGAAUACUGCGAUGGGGGAGAUCUCAUGAGAAGGAUUCUCAGACAGCGUGGAGUGUUGUUUAGUGAAGAGCAGAUCCUGGGUUGGUUCGUGCAGAUUUCCCUAGGACUGAAGCACAUUCAUGACAGGAAAAUAUUACACAGGGACAUCAAAGCUCAGAACAUUUUUCUUAGCAAGAAUGGAAUGGUUGCAAAGCUUGGGGACUUCGGUAUAGCAAGAGUCCUGAAUAACUCCCUGGAACUUGCUCGAACUUGUGUUGGAACACCCCACUACCUGUCCCCGGAGAUCUGUCAGAAUAGACCAUAUAACAAUAAAACGGACAUUUGGUCUCUUGGCUGUGUUUUAUAUGAGCUUUGCACGCUCAGGCAUCCUUUUGAAGGUACCAACUUACACCAGCUGGUCCUGAAGAUUUGUCAAGCACAAUUAGCCCCGAUAUCACCAAGGUUUUCUCAUGAUCUACAGUCAUUGGUACUUCAGCUCUUUAAGGUGUCUCCUCGAGAUCGACCAUCUGUUAAUUCCAUUUUGAAAAAGCCCUUUUUAGAGAUUCUUAUUGCUAAAUACUUGACUCCUGAGGUUAUUCAAGAAGAAUUCAGCCAUACACUUCUACAUAAAGCAAGAUCCUUAGCCUCUCAGCCUUCUAGGAAGAUAGUCCCCGAUUCUAAAAUACAGAAAGUGAAGUUCCAGGGCAAAUGUCCACUGCGAUCAAAAAUAUCAGUGCCAGCUAAAAAGAAGGAUGUAUUACAUAGAAAUGAAUGGAGACCCCCAGCUGGAGCCCAGAACCCCAUAUGUAUAAAAAUGAUGGAAAGGCCCAAAGUAGCUGCAGUUUGUGGACAUUAUGACUUUUAUUAUGCUCAACUUGACCUGCUAAGGAAGAGAAUCCAUGAACCAAACUAUCACUGUGUCCCUCAAAAAGCUUCUGGAAUUGAAGGGUCUAACUGGGAAGAAAGCCACAACACAUCACCUGCUCAAUGCUAUGGGAGGAAGACUGGUCUUCGUCCUUCUGCUGAACCAAAUCACAACCAGAGGCAAGAGUUAAGAGACCGUGGAGAAGAAACUGCAUCCCAGGAGCUACAAUUUAGGAAAAAGGACAUGAAGGACCAGGAAUAUUGGAAGCAGCUAGAAGAAAUACGUCAACAGUAUCACAAUGACAUGAAGGAAAUCAGGAAGAAGAUGGGGAGAGAACUGGAGAGGGGGGUAAAGUUUGAAAUUCCCUUCGACAAGUGUGUUUCUGGUGAAGACUCCUUCCAGGAGGAUGAGGUAAUGGUUGCACUAACUGACAAUUUGACCUUCGAGGAUGGCAUGAAGUUGAAGGAAUACAGACAGAUGAAGGGGCAAGAAGAGUACACAGACAAAGCCUCUGAAGAGCUUUGUGGCCCAGAAACUGAGUGCUGCCCGCAGGCUGCCACAGCUGCAACAAACAGGAGGCACUGGGAUGCCAGAGCACCCACGACUCUGCUGCAAAUGAUGGCAGCAGCCGACGUCACCUCCGCCUGCCCCACCAUGCCUGAUGAUGGCAAAGUGAUUGUGAUGGAAGGUGGUCCAGAAAACAGGAAGCAGUGGCAGCGUGAAGCACCAGGGACUUUGAUGGCUGUUUUGGCAGCAGCACAUCUGAGUAGCUCAUUUCCUGCCAGCGAAGAAGAACCUGGAACUUUAAAACAAUAUCUUCCUAAAGAAGAUGAAGAGGAGGUGGAAAUGACAUCUGGCAUUGGAGUAGACAAGGAACAACUGGAAGCAGGAUCUGAUGGUAAUGAUACAAAUUUUGAAGAAUCUGAAGAUGAAUUGAGAAAUGAAGUAGUAGAAUCCCUAGAAAAUCUUGCUUCUUUCAAAGAAGAAGAAAAGGAAGAGGCUUCCAUCUUCUCUAAAGAUGCUGAAAAGUCAGGAGAAAAAGAAGAAUCAAAUGAAGCCUUAGAAGUGGUUAAUAGUCUAUCGAUUGACCCAGUUUGUUUUACUGAUGAUAACUAAGAACAAUCAAAACAUACAAGUGUGAUUACUGGAAUUUUUCUUCUCUUUUUUUUUUUUAAUAGUAUUGGGUUCAGUGAACUUUUAGGCAUUUUGUUUUGUUUCUUUGAUUCUUUGCUUUUAAGACAGGGCCUCACUAUGUUACUCAGGGUAGACUAGAAUUCACUAUUAGCUUAGGCUGGCCUCGACUUGGGAUCCUUCUAUCUCUACCUCCAGAGAGCUGGGAUUAUAGGCAUGCACACUGCACCCAGAUCCUACCUAUCUUUUCUUAUUAAGAAUAAGAAGUACCUAUUCCCUAUAGUACCUGUUUAGGUAUAAGUAAAAACAAAUCAUUUAUUUGUAAGAGUUUUUCAGUGAUCGUCUCUAGGACUUGAUUUUUCUUUCAAGUCAGAUAAUAGAACUCCCUUUAGAAGGAUGGCUUUAGAUUUUAGGGUAGGGAAAGAGAGUUAGCCCAGGAGCAGUGAGAGAGGACACGUAAACCACAGAGACCAAAAGCACCUAGAAACUUACAAUAACUUCUAGUGUAGAAGUAACAGAAGUAACUUUCCUGCACUCACUGACGGAUUUAGCAUAGACACAUUCUCAUUUAUUCAUUCAUAUCAAAGUCUUGGAUACUAGGGUUUAUUUAAAUAAUUAAACACCAACAUUCUGAAAGCACUGAUACUAACACUUGUCUUUAUUUCAUAAUUUUGCCUAUAAGAUGAUCUUGUAAAAAUACCUUGGAAAUUAUUAAAAAAUAAAGAGUAAAAGGACAGGGGAGGUAGCGAGGGAUAGAAUGUAUGCUUAGCAAGCAUAAGGCCUUCAGUCUAAUCCAGAGCCACACCCCAAAGCAUAAAUAAUUUUUAAGAAAGUCUACAAAAUCUAACAACCAAUACUUAGGCACCACAAACAAGAUAAAGAUUUCCUUUCCUCUUUAUGCAUUUUCUUUCUUCUUUAAAUAUUAAA